AAGAUGCGUCCUAAAUGCUUCUGUCCUCCUCCUCCACCUCCUCCUCCACCUCAUCUUCCUCCUCCUCUCAAUCCGUAGCCAUUUUGGCUCAAGCCAUUUUGGCCCAAGCCGUGUUGUAGCUUCCUCGCUCUCGUGACUGCGGCUGUGAGCCGCCCGUGAUCCCGAGCCCCCUUCAGGCAGCUGUCUGCCGAUGUCCUUCCAGUUCUUCACCAGCAGCCAGAACGGCAGCAUCACCGCGCCCGGCCCCGGGGGCGACCGCACCAGGCCGCGCGGGGAGGAGAAGCAGACAAGCCUGCCCGUGACUAUUCGCUCGAUCGAGAACGCUCUGCAGGCGGAGGGCGAGGAGGUAAGCUUCUUCGGAUCGCAGCCGGAGCUGUUGAUCCUAGUCGCCGCCAUCGAGUCCGUCCAGAAGCACCCCAACAACCUGGACCUUGUAGUAAGCGACGCCACCGGCAGGCUCCGCGUCCGACAGUUCUUGUCCGGGGACGCCGACGACGCGCAGCACGAGGGCAUCCAGGCGGGGCGGUACGUCCACAUGUUCGGCCAGGUGCGCGCGAAGCCGGAGCCGCACUUCGUCGCCCAGGGCAUCCGGCCCGUGAAGACUGCGGACGAGGUCAGCUACCACACCAUCGAGGCCGCCCACGCCGCCCUGAAGCUGCAGCGCGGCCCGGCGGCGGCGGCGGCGCCCGCGCAGGCCACGCCGGUGAAGGCUCAGGCGCUGCCGGGCACGGAGCUGCAGGCGCCCGCGCUCACGCCGCCGAAGGAGCCGGUGGCCGCGGGCGUGCCCGCGGCCAGCUUGCUGAGCGCGGCCGCGGCGGGCCCGCGGGCGGCAGUGGCGCACGUGCUUUCGGGCGCGGCGCUGCGCGCGGCGAUGAUGGAGUUUCUGACGAAAGCGGCAGGGUCAAACGGCGAUGUGGGGUGCUCGAGGAGCGAAGUGUGCGUGCACUUCAAGACCUCCUCGGAGGUGGAGGUGAACGGGCUCCUCGCGGAAAUGGUCGCCGAUGGCGAUGCCUUCACCACCAUUGACGACAACCACUUCACCGUGGUCUGAGCGGAUGGGGCUUCAGCUCAGGGAGCUCAUCGUGCGUGGCUGAGGCUUGGGGAGUGCUAGUCGCGGGCCACGAGCCACGAGAUGUCGGCCAUGCGGGUGCUCCGCUUACCCUUUCUCGCAGAGCAUCUUUCAAUCUCAUCUGUAGUCCUCGCUCUCCCCUGGCGCGGGCUGGGCCGUGUCGGCAGGGAGCUGCGGACCACACGCUUCUGUGUGUAUGUGUGUGUGUGAGCGGGCGGCGGCCGGCGUCGCGGCUCACAUCCAGUGUUGGCACUCUGGGGCGCGCUUCCUCCUCCUCCUCCGCCUCCUGUUUCACGCUUCUCCGCUGCGCAUUGUGGCGACAGGCUCAGGAGGGUCAGGCUUGUUCUGCGUUGGAAAAAGUGUUCCCUA